UUUCUAUAAAGCUGUCUCUCGGAAAAUAUGAAUGUUAAUCAGAAAAUUUUGGGAUUUUUCACAAGUCACAUUCCAACGAUUUUCUGACGAAAGUCUUCUUAGUUUUCCAUAUUUAAUUUUUUCACAAUUUUGCUUAUUUUAUUCUGCAUUGGCUAUUGUGGAAUAAUUUAGUGGUUCUUUGCCUUGACUAUUUAGGAAAAACCAUAGGCCUCUUUUCGCGAGAAAUUCAAGAAUAUUCAAGUCGAUCAUGUCAUCCUACACAGUGGGAAGCAUGAAGCAAGCGGCAAAAACUAUAAUUAAGAUGUUUGUUCAGAAUUUUGCUAUAUGCUGAAAAUGUCUCUGCCAUGGAAACACCAAAAAUGUGACGCAGAGACCUUAAAUAAAGGACCCUGUCAACCUGGAAAACUGGAGACUGAUGUGAGUACGAUUGACAAGCAGGGCGUGGCUUUUCUUAAUUUGGAUGGAAUUUGCAAAGAUAUGGACCAAAGGUUUUAACAUUUUGAUAGGAAUUUUUCAAAACUUGAAACAUAUGCCCCCACCCUCCCUCCGCCCCCAAAAGAAAACAGAAUUCUUGAUGAAAAAGCAAGGUGGCAUAUAGAAGCGGAUGUAUCUUAUAGUCGCAGAUAUUAUCAACGAAUAUUAAGACAUCCAGCCUGUUUAAAAAACAUUCGUUGUUACAAACCCAGAGGAAGAUGAUCACAAGAUACCGAGGGACAUCUUAGAAUCUAUUGUGAUCAAUCGGUUUUGCCUUUUUCUCCAAACCUAUCUACGCUGCUUCGAAUUCUUGUUUGUCUCCCGGCUUCUUCAGCUUGUGCAGAUCGCUCGUUUAGAAGAAUGAAGUUGAUAGAAAGCUACCUACCAUCAGCCAUGGAAAAUGAUGGUUCGUCAAAUCUAAUGGCCCUGAGUCUCUGCAGAAACACUGAAAUCGAUCGCGACGAGGUGAUGGACAAGUUUGCAGCUAUGUAAAAGAGAAGAAGAUUAUACUGUGUUGAAAAACCUGAUUUUUGACAUUAUUGUGCCAUGGGGCAUGAUUUUCUAUGCUAUCAUCUUGCGAUCAUGUUGUGUUAAAAGCGUUGUUUGACUUUUUGAAGUUGUAACCUAUUGAACUUUACUGUAAAUGCUUUCACUUGAGCAUGAAGGCAACUAUGAGAAAAUCUAACUGCAUCCAAAAUAUAGCAAAAUGGGUUACACAGUAGGCCACCAGAACUAUACCUAGAAAAUAGGAACUGACGGAUAGUAUACUCCAGGUGUUGAGAGGGACAAAUCACGUGCGUAGUAUUCACAUUAUCAUUAAAAGAGACAUGUCGUCCGUAAAAUUUUGAUGUCUGCCCUUUGUUUAUCACUGCUGGUGUCGACGCUAAAUGCUUUGAUACCUGCUGCAGACAACAGAUAUAUCAGCUCAUGUCCAUUUUAAAUGUUUAAGAAGAUCUAUUCUGUGAUAAAAUUCGGAGGAGUUGGUCUGCAGAAAAAUAAUGAAGAUUCAAAAACUCUUUGUUCUUCUUUCACAUGUAUAUCUAGCAUUGUUCCUAACACGUGCUGGAUCAUGGAUUCUACGUCUGCCAUGCAAAGUAGAGGGAGUGUUUGAUGUUGCAUCUCCAGGCUACGCACUUUAUAAUCGAUUGCUUUCAACAUUGACCGCUUCAAGUUUGAAAAAUUGUUUUGAACGCUGCAUUCUUAGUGACAGAUGUAAAUCUGUAAAUUUCAAAGAAUCUGGUGAAAAUAACUGCCAGCUGAAUACUCAAACAAAGGAGAAUGCUGAUCCAGCAGAUUUCAAGAGCAGCGAUGGCUGGACCUAUUAUACUACAAAUUACACCAGGAAAAAUAUUGGCUCAUAUUGCAAGAUUUCCAAACCAUGCAGACAGUCAGAGUACUGCGUUGACACGUGCUCGUGCCCAGGCUAUAGGUGUUUCGAUUGCAGUGGUAAAUACAAACUGAAUGAUGAAUUGCAAUGCAUUGCGAGCAUCAAUGUAGCAUUAAACAUGCCAGCGGUAUUAUCGUCACAAUAUGAUCCCGGAACAUUUGCAGCCAACGCAGUUGAUAGAAGCUUAGAAGCGGUGCACGGAACCUGUGCCAUUACACAAUAUCAGAGUUUUCCUCCAUGGUUUCGUGUUGAUCUUCAACACACACUUCCUGUUCGAUCAGUUGCUUUGCAAAACAGGAGGGACUGCUGCUGGAAUCGAAUGAACCCAUUUGAUGUUCGCGUCGGCAUGAGUUUGGAGAAUGAUGGUAGAGUGAAUCCUAAAUGUGUUGAUGGGGCCAAUUUUACCCAGCUAAACCAAUACCUCAGUUUGGAAUGUCCUUCAGUAAUGUUUGGCCGUUAUGUCAUUAUGUUGGCUGAAUCUUCAACGAUAAUAGAGGUUUGCGAGCUAGAGGUUUAUUCAUAAGAACAAUUUUCAGAUUUCGUAGACACUCAUAUAUUGAUAAUCAUAUUACCAAGUUGUCACAUUUUCCUCAUGCACAUUUCUUUAAGGGAAGGUCUGUCGUUAAGGGGACCUCUGAGUUUAAGGUGAUGCCUGUUUUGGUUGGUAUUUUGAAAUUAAUAAAAAAGGAUAAUAAGAACCUUAUUAAUAUCGCUUAAUACAAGAAACAUUCGAAGAUAAUAAGGACGAUACCACGGGGUCAGGGUCGUCGCGAGGCAAGUCUUGUUAGAGGGGGAGGGGGGGUUGUAUGAACUAGAAAUUUACCUGAUAAAAAAGUUUUUGCCUGAAAUUCAGGGGCGGAUUUAAGCAACAAUGAUUGGGGAGGGGGGGUUGUUAGACACUAAAUUUGGUGCCGCACUCUUCAGGUUAAUGAUGGAAACGUUGAAAUCAAAUAUCUAAAAAAUUAACAAUAUUCAAAAGUUUUAAACAAGUCCGUUGUCCUUGGAGAAAUGUCAACGACAAGCAUUUCAGAAUCAAGUUUUCUUAAGGAUUGGACUGCUUUAGCAUUUUAGUUUCAAUUUUAUCUGGAAUGUCUCAAGAACGUGAAAGACUUUUCUAUACAAACCCCAAAUCGAGGGGAAACGAAGGAACAUCGAGGCUCUCUGCGACGAGAAAAUGUCUGCGACGAUGCCCUUGUCUCGUGAAUCUCACAUGUGAGGCUGGCCGACUCUCAAAUGCAAAUACUGAUAACAAAGGGUUGUAUAGAAAGAAUGGAUUCCACCAGGAAAUUUCAUGUAAAAUUUGCUCAAUGGAGGAAACGCUUUAGGUAUUUCAGAGACCUUCUUGCAAUAAAAUCAAUUAAGGAUCAAGCACAGGUAGUUGCUACGUUGGUUAAAUAUGAUAUUCCUUUAUAUGAAUUUAUAUAAACAAACUAAUGAUUUGAAGAUUCGAAGAUUUCUUGUUGGCACUAAAUCUAUAAAUCGAGGCUCUCUUUAUUUAAAAUUGUAUCUUAUUUCCAUGUCCCUCAAAGUUUCUCGAACUGCAAUUCACUAAUUUCUUCAGACUUUUUUGAACAUUGAAAUGGCAUGCUAAGAUAGAAAGAGGGAUCUUAAUUGACAACAAGUGCUGCUUGUUAUCUAGCUUUAGAAGUGACUGACAACAUGGUAUUUCUCAAGACCAAGGCGAAAUUGUACCAGUUGUUUUUAUCUGCUGUUCAAUUUGUUUGCGGAGAAUAAUAAUAAAUAAUAAUAAUAAUCGAAUGUUUUAACAGGCUAACCUAUCAGUACAAUAUAUACUAUUACCUUUAGGGUCCUGAUACUUAAUAAAUUAAUGGUAAAAUAUCUAAAAACUGAUUACAAGAGUUCAAUACAGUCCAACAUAAAGAUGAAAUGAUUUUACAUCAAAUAAAAUGAGUUUCUAAAAAUCGUCUAAAAAUAGCUCUAGAUUCAAUCUUUCUGGCAC